AUCUAUACAGUAUUGUAAAUUUUGAAAAAAUCAAAGAGCAUGAUGAGGUAUAGAAAUUUUCUUAAGGAAGGUUCACUUCUCUUUUUGGAAAGAGGUCAAGGUAGGUAAACAUUAUAUCAAAGAGCCUUCAAUAAUUAAACUUAGCACCAAUAUUUCUGACUUAUAAAGAGCUCACUCAAGCAAAGCACUAUAAACUUAAUAAAAACAAAAGAAGCAACAUAAUCCUCAGGAAUAGCCAUGGAAGAACCUAAAACAGUUGUAGAUAAUGAAAAGCCAAAGCUCAACUACAAAGGAUUAAAGGCCAUGCCUUUCAUCAUAGGAAACGAGACAUUUGAGAAGCUCGGGGCAAUUGGUACCUUGUCCAAUUUGUUGGUCUACUUAACAACAGUUUUUAACAUGAAGACUAUAACAGCAACAACUUUGAUCACUGUCUUCAAUGGUACAACCAACUUUGCAACUCUGCUAGGUGCUUUCCUUUCUGAUACUUACUUUGGCCGCUACACCACCUUGGGAUUCGCUACGAUUGCCUCGUUUUUGGGAUUAUUUGUGAUAGACUUAACAUCAGUAAUCAAGAAACUUCAUCCAUCCCCUUGUGGCGACGAAGCAAAAGUCUGCAAUGGACCGUCACAAGGGCAGUUAGCAUUUUUGCUGAUGGGGUUCGGACUGCUGAUAGUAGGAGCAGCAGGCAUAAGGCCAUGUAACUUAGCCUUCGGGGCUGAUCAGUUCAACCCUAAUACAGAAUCAGGAAAGCGAGGGAUCAACAGUUUUUUCAAUUGGUACUUCUUCACUUACACUUUUGCACAGAUGGUGUCCCUGACACUGAUAGUUUAUGUGCAGUCUAAUGUGAGUUGGAGUAUUGGUUUAGCCAUUCCCGCGGCUCUUAUGCUGUUAGCGUGUAUACUGUUUUUCAUGGGCUCGAAGAUCUAUGUGAAGGUUAAGCCUGAAAGUAGUCCUAUGGUGAAUUUAGUGCAGGUUAUAGUUGCUGCUGUCAGAAAAAGAAAACUGAAGCACCCGAAUUCUCAUCAGUUUGAAUCUGUACUCAAAUAUUUGCCUUCUGAUUCUAUCAACUCCAAAUUACCUCACACAAAUCAGUUCAGAUUCCUUGAGAAAGCCGCGAUUAUAACCUCUGAAGACCAAAUUAAACCGGAUGGGUCAGCAGUAGACGCCUGGAAACUCUGCACGAUGCAGCAGGUAGAAGAGUUGAAAUGUGUACUAAGAGUGUUACCUAUAUGGGCAUCAGCCAUAAUAUACCAUGUUCCUGUUGUGCAAAUGCACACGUACGUGAUAUUCCAAGCACUUCAGUCAAAUAGACGCCUUGGAAAAACAAAUUUUCAAAUUCCAGCUUCAUCCUACAUUGUUUUCAUGAUGAUAAGCCUCACUGUUUGGAUCCCAAUCUAUGACCGAGUAUUAGUCCCAUUCCUCGAAAAAAUCAGGGGAAAAGAGGGGGGAAUCACAAUCCUCCAAAGGAUGGGAAUCGGAAUAAUAUUAUCUAUUCUAACCAUGCUUGUGGCAGGGUUAGUAGAAAGUCAUCGCAGGAAUCUUGCUCUUACACAACCAACUCUUGGAAAUCUCCCAAGAAAAGGAGAGAUUUCUUCAAUGUCAAGUUUUUGGCUGGUUUUUCCUUUAGGCAUAGCAGGGUUUGCUGAAGCAUUCAUGGCAAUCGGUCAAGUAGAGUUCUACUACAAACAGUUUCCGGAGAACAUGAGGAGCAUUGCUGGAUCCAUUUUCUUUUUAGGCAUCGGAAUGUCAAGCUACUUAAGCAGUUUUCUGAUCUCCAUAGUUCAUAGAACAACAAAAAAAGGCGCAUCAGGUGAUUGGUUAGACGAGGAUCUUAACAAAGGGAAACUAGACUACUUCUAUUACAUGAUAGCUGCACUAUGUACCUUCAAUUUUGCUUAUUUCCUUGUCUGUGCUAAAUGGUUUAAGUAUAAAGGCAGUAGCGAAAAUGCCAAGAAAAUAGAUGCAGAGCCUAUUGGGUGUGUAGAGCUUAGUGAGUCUCAUAAGGGAGCUGUAUGAUUUUCACAAUAAUAAAAUGCAGAAACAAGAAAUUUCCAACUUUUACUUGA